AUGAGUUCCUCCAUGCUUUGGGAUUACAUCAUGAGCAAUCCCGAUCUGACCGCGAUGACUAUGUGA